AUGACCGACAACUUGGGCAACUGGAGAUCGAAUUCUGACCCUGCGAUACGCGAGGCCACCUCUGUGCCAACCAGUCUAAUGGAUCGCCUUCGGCUCAGUAGACGGCCUCUUCCAGGGCUCAGUAGACGGCCUCUUCCAGGGCCCAGUAGACUACCUCUUCCAGGGCCCAGUAGACCUCUUCCAGGGCCAGUAGACUACCUCUUCCAGGGCCCAGUAGACGGCCUCUUCCAGGGCUCAGUAGACGGCCUCUUCCAGGGCUCAGUAGACGGCCUCUUCCAGGGCCCAGUAGACUACCUCUUCCAGGGCCCAGUAGACCUCUUCCAGGGCCCAGUAGACUACCUCUUCCAGGGCUCAGUAGACGGCCUCUUUCCAGGGCUCAGUAGACGGCCUCUUCCAGGGCCCAGUAGACUACCUCUUCCAGGGCCCAGUAGACCUCUUCCAGGGCCCAGUAGACUACCUCUUCUAGGGCUCAGUAGACGGCCUCUUCCAGGGCCCAGUAGACCUCUUCCAGGGCCCAGUAGACGGCCUCUUCCAGGGCCCAGUAGACGGCCUCUUCCAGGGCCCAGUAGACCUCUUCCAGGGCCCAGUAGACGAUCCCUACCUGGACCUUAA